AUGUAUCUUUUUGGAAUAUGUGAAAAGGUUAGCAAUGGACCCAACGAUCCAUUGAUAUUUUGGGGGGGGCUGUUCUUCUGGCAAGUAUUUAAUAUCCAGCUCUCGUUGGAAGUGGUACCUUGGUGGACGGUUUCGAUGGGUCACCAUAUAAGGUCGCACUUAACACCACAAGAAACAUCGCUCGAAAUAUCGAUCAAGGUUAAGAAAGACACAUACAACUUUCGUGACGCGACGUCAUCUCUGAAGGAUAGCAAGAGACCUAAGAUUACAAAAGAAAACGUCCGAGCUUUGGCCCCUGUCACUACGAUAGUUAAGCCAUGGAACUCGGAUUUACCACCAAAUCUUAAAAUCCUCGCAAGUGUCGAACUAUCGGAUUUACCGCUUCAUCUUUGGAAGUUCACACCACCUACCGAUACUGAAAGUCAUGAUAGAACAAUGGUCAAGAUAGUUCAGUUCUUGUUGACAGAUUUUUGUAGCAAAUAUUACAGAAAUCCCGCCUAUCAACCAAGGACAGAACGUACAUUUUGGAUAGAUCGCGUUGUCCCUAUUUUUCAGAUUUUCGGUAAUCAUAGUCAGCUUCUAGGAUUUCAAUGGUGUGUAGUCUCGACCGAUGAGCACAUGGAGUUCAUAAUGGACCCGGGAUACCUGGAUGCGUAA